AUGCACAUCGCAUACCUCGGCCUGGGCAACAUGGGCGCCGAGAUCUCGGCGCGCCUCGCCGUCUUCGCCAAGGACAACGGCCACGCGCUGACGGUCUGGAACCGGAGCCAGGACAAGUACGCGGGCCUGCGCUCCAAGAUCGGGGCGACGUUCGCGACGGACCUGAAGGAGAUCAAGGGCGCCGACGUCGUCUUCCUCAUGGUCUUGAACGACAAGGCGAGCGCCGACGUGCUCGCGCAGGUGCUCGAGGUCUGCCCGACCGCCGUCGUCGUCGACCAGAGCAGCGUGAACCCCAAGACGAGCAUUGCGAAUGAGAAGGCGGCGGCGGCGGCUGGCGCACGAUACCUUGCUGCGCCGGUGUUUGGGCGCCCGGACGCCGCAGAGGCCGGCAAGCUCAUCCAGGUCGUGAGCGGGAACAAGGAGGCGCAGGAGCUCGUCAAGCCCCUCUUUGAUGUGUCGGCGCGCGCGGUUAUCAACGUCGGCGAGGAGGUGUACAAGGCCACCACCGUCAAGCUCAUGGGAAACGCCAUGAUCCUCGGCAUGAUGGAGAUGCUCGCCGAGGUGUACGCCCUCGGCGACGCGACCGGCAUCGAGCCCGAUGUCUUCCAGCAGUUUGUCGAGAUGUUCUUCCCCACGCCCAGCUAUCAGGUGUACGGCCGCAAGAUCGGCCAGGGAAGCUUCUCGGCCGCGGGCGGCUUCCGCUUGGAAGGUGGAUUGAAGGACGCCAACAACAUCCUCUCGGUCGGCGCGGAUCUCGGCCACCCCGUCCCGCUUCCCACGAUUGAGCUCGCGAAGAAGCACAUGCUCCGCGCAGUCGAGAUGGGCGGGCAGGACCAGGACUGGAGCUCGCUCAGCGCGGCUGUGCGCGAGGAGGCCAAGCUCGAGCCAUACCGGAAGAAGCAGGAGUAG